GCUCCACAGAAUUCCUCACCAUAAUGAGUCUCUAUUGGCCCUAAUUUUGCUUAACUCUAAGCCCUGGGUUUAUAGGAAAAUGUAUUUUCAAGCACACUAUUUCGGGAUGGCUUCCCCAGCCCCCAGAAUCUCUAUUUAACCUGGCUCCAGAGUCACUUGGCCAUGUGGCAGGGGGCUGGGGAUGGUGGGAGGCUCACAGCUAGGUGCGGUCAGGCUGUGAGUGGGGACGGGGCGGCCCUAUUCAGCUCACCUUGCACACUGGGUCCAGAUUCCACGUUCCUGCUGGUGCUCAGUCUUCGGAAUGCUUGGUGCCAUCUACUGCCUGUCUGUGUCAGGAGUCGGCCUCAGAAUUGGACCCAAAUGCUCCAUAAAUGGCGAGUGGGACUAUCACUUCCAAGAAACCGCAGGCGCUUACUUGAAGAAUGAUGCUUCCUGGAAUUUGUGUGAGGAGCCACUCAAAGUGGUUCCCUGGAAUGUGACGCUCUUCUUCUUGCUGGUUGUUGCCUCCUGCCUGGAGAUAGUGCUGUGUGGCUUACACCUGGUGGUAGAACCCAUUCAUGCUCCAGGAGAGAUCCAAAAGACUGAGGACAUCUUAGGCAACUUCCAGAGGAGGGCUCAGCUCACUGAGACUUCACUGACUGCCAGGUCAUUCUUGCUUGCUCCUGGACCCCAGCCUGGCCUGCCCAAUCCCUGCCUCCCUGGAAUAAACAGCUUGGAGUCCACCCUACCCCUCUCUGAGCGGAGAAUACCCUAAACAGCACAGUGUGUGAGGGCCCCCUGAGCUUGGUGUUCUGUGACCCUGUUUGGAGCCCUCAUACCCUACUUGUUAUUUUUGUCACAGUACUGAGCUACUAACUUGCCCAGGAAAUACAGUGGUUAACAAGGUAGAUGUGCUCUCAAAAACUGAACAUUCCAUGGGUGGAAAAGGCAAUUUUAAAGAAGCAAGGGCUUAUUACAAUUGGUGAUUAACACAUUUUAAUGUAUUCAUUUAUUAUUGAUUUAUACUCAAUAUUUGAAAUUAUUGGGCUGGGGAUGUGUCGCAAGCG